CCUUAGGCGAGUUGGUUGCCAGGCAACCGCGGAGUUGCGAUUCUUGCUCCUGGCUGCGGUCUGGGUUAUGGCUAAAUUCGUGCUCGCGGGUAGAGCCGAUUGCCCAUAUUAUGCUAAAGCAGAACUUCUGGCAGACUAUUUGCACAAGAAUCUUCCUGAAUUUCAGAUACAUAAAAUUACACAGCAUCCUCAUGUUUGGGAGGACUGGCUGAAAGACUUAUGUGAGAAGAAUAACUGGAGACACCAGAAUUCCCCUAUCAUCUGGAGAGAGCUGUUGGAUCGUGGAGGCAAGGGUUUGCUGUUGGGAGGGUAUAAUGAGUUCCUAGAGCACGCCCAGCUUUACUACGGUGUCACCUCUAGCAUGACCACUGAGCUGAUGAAGACAAUUGCCGGAGAGAACCUGAAGGCACAUUCGAAAAAAGAGCAGGAGACAGAAGUUCUGAAAAGUUUUGUCAGCCCCUUGAAUGUCUGGAUUACAAGUGCGUCGGGUCCAACCUGCCACCACUUAAUUCCCAUCCUGGCCAGUGGUGAAGUGUUUGGCCCGCACACGGAAAUCAGUAUCACUCUCUUCGACAACAAGAAGACUGAAUACAUCCUCAACAUCAUGGCCAAGCACACUGGGGAGCUGGUAUUUCCGCUCCUGCAGAGUGUGUCAGUCUGCACCCGGGUGGAGGACGCCUUUGACCAGGCCGAUGUGAUCAUCGUUCUGGACGAGUCCCUGGAUAAGGAUGUGAGCCAGUUAGAGGAUUGCAUUCGAAGCAGGGUUCCCCUGUGCAGGCUCUACGGGUACCUGAUAGAGAAAAAAGCACAUGAGUCGGUCAAAGUGCUGGUGGCAGGGAAAUCCUUUGUGAAUCUGAAGACUGCCUUGCUCACAAAGUACGCCCCGGCCUUCUCUCGCAAUAUCGUCGCCGUGGCUCUGGGAGUAGAAGGCCAGGCCAAAGCCAUGCUGGCCCGAAAACUCAAAACCUCACCUGCCUCCAUAAAAAAUGUGAUAAUUUGGGGUAACAUUAGUGGAACUAACCAUGUUGACCUGAGAAAAACCAACAUUUACAGAUACGACAGCGCUAUCUGGGGGCCUCCUCACUACUCGCGCCCCAUUUUAAGCUUGAUUUUUGAUAGUGAAUGGAUAAACAAAGAAUUUGUGGCAGCUUUUAGAAAGCUGACCACCACAGGAAAACAAUUUGGAGGCAUCUUAUCUGCACACAGUAUAACUACAACAUUGAAAUAUUGGUAUCAUGGUUCACCACCUGGAGAGAUUGUGUCUUUAGGAGUACUGAGUGAAGGUCAGUUUGACAUUCCUGAAGGAAUUGUCUUUUCCAUGCCUGUGAAAUUUGAGAAUGGAACUUGGGUGGCUCUUACAGAUAUUAAAAAUAUUAAAUUGAAUAAAAAAUUAAUGACCAACAUGACAACGGAUCUAAUUCAGGAAAUAAAUAUUGCACAAGGAGAUGUGAUGUAUUUUGAGACUUAUCAAUCAGAAAUAGAUUUAAUAGAAAGAUAUGAAGUACUUUCUACAAAUGAUGACCAACAAUAUGACAGUGCCUCAGAUGACUAUAAAGAUAACUACAAUUAUGAUCUAGUACAAGGUGAAGAAAAAUAUUUUACUGCUUCAGGUGACUUUGAAGAUUAAAAUGUGCAAUGGUAACAGAUUAAACUAUACCAACUAUAAUAUUAUUUGGCUGUGUAAAAAAUGUAGAAAUGCUAUCUAUCUCUAUUUAUGGAAUAAUAACUUGAAAAUUUUACUUAAAUCUUAGAUAAUAAGCUAAGCAAUUAAAUAGCAAUGAUAACAUUUAUACACAAAAGCUAGAGAUCAGUUAUUUUAUUUCUAUGCUUGUCUAUUAGUAGUUUCUUGUGUGUGUGUAUAUUAGUAGUUUUUUUUUUUCUGUUAGUACCGGGGGGCACUCAGUGAUACAAGGACCCAGCUUCAAGCCCCUUCUCCCCUCACUCCCUGCAGCAGGGAUGCUUCACAAGUGGUGAAGCAGGUCUGCAGGUGUCUACCUUUCUCUCUAUCUCUCUGUUUUCCUCUCCCUUCUCAAUCUCUGCCUUAUGGAAUUAAAAAAUUUAAAAAAGGAAUAAAUUGCCUCCGGGAGUGGUAAUUCGUAGUGCUGGCACUGUGCCCCAAGUGAUAAAUAACCCAGGAGGAAAAAAAAUUGGUACCAAUUGCUUUUUUUUUUUUUUUUGUAAGUACAUUAAAAUCGUACCAUUAGCCACAGAGUCAUUUCUGUAUAUCUUCCUGGGAGAGCAUGUGUCCUCUUGAAGGUUAUAACAGACAUGGACUAGAUGGCCAUACUUUCUCUGAUGUCCUUCCUAGCUUGACUUCAGCCACCUUCACCAGAACAGAUACAUCUAACUCAAAGAGAAUCAGUCAUAUGUUCCUCACCCUCUCAGAAAAAUGUGAACUAAAAAAAAUGGAUGAGUAGGUUGAUAUCCGAGUGAAGACAAUGACAGUGAACUAGAGAAAACCACAGAGGUCUACGUGUGAGAUCUUCAGAGCUAGCCAGGUCUACUGUCUUUAUAAGACCUGACCAUGCAUUAUUCUUGUUUGUUUGUAUUCUCUUUGUAUGAGCAACUUAAUAAGAAAAAAAAUGCUUGUAUUAAAAAACCUUGUAUUAAAUUUAUUUUUGUCUCCUAACACUAGAUAUAUCCUGAAUCAAAAGAAUGUUUAAAGAAAAGCAUAUUUUAGUACAUAAUUCCAAGACUUAAGUAAAAAUCUAGUCUUUCAUUAGAGCAGUAGUAAAAUCACAUCAAUAUGCUCACUUAUUUCCAGGCAAGUAGGAUCCUUUACAAAUGCCUGUUGAGAACUGUUAAAAAGCGCGGGAGUCAGGGCUGGGUGGUGGCACACGUGAUUGAGCCCACAUGUUACUAUGAGCAAGGACCCGGGUUCAAGCCUCCAGCCCCCACCUGCAGUGGGAGGCUUCUCAAGUUGUGAAAUCCUGCUGCAAAUGUCUCUUUCUGUCUCUCCCUUCCUUCUCAUUUUUUCUCUAUUUCUAUCCAAAUAAAUAAAUAAAAUAUUUUUAAAGCCCUGGA